GCUCAGCUGCCCGCAGAGCCUCCUCCCGCCUUUCCCGAGCUCUCGGCAGCUCUCGGGGGAGCCCGAACGCGCGGAGAAAGGCGAGCCGCACGGCCGGGGGAGGGGGCCGGACCGCGCGCGGCCGGUCGCGCCGGCUGGGGCCCGCGAUGGCGGGGGCCUGGCUCAGGUGGGGGCUCCUGCUCUGGGCAGGACUCCUCGCGUCGUCGGCGCACGGCCGGGUGCGGAGGAUCACCUACGUGGUGCACCCGGGCCCCGGCCUGGCAGCGGGCGCCUUGCCCCUGAGCGGGCCCCCGCGUUCGCGGACCUUCAACGUCGCGCUCAACGCCAGGUACAGCCGCAGCUCGGCGGCUGCGGGCGCCCCCAGCCGCGCCUCCCCCGGGGUCCCCUCGGAGAGGACCCGGCGCACGAGCAAGCCUGGCGGCGCGGCCCUGCAGGGGCUCAGACCGCCGCCGCCGCCGCCGCCGCCGGAGCCGGCGCGUCCCGCGGCCCCCGGCGGGCAGCUCCACCCCAAGCCCGGCGGCCACCCGGCAGCCGCCCCGUUCGCCAAACAAGGCAGGCAAGUCUUGCGCUCCAAGGUGCCGCAGGAGACCCAGAGCAGCGGGGGCUCCAGGCUGCAGGUUCACCAGAAGCAGCAGCUGCAGGGGGUCAAUGUCUGUGGAGGGCGGUGCUGUCAUGGCUGGAGUAAGGCCCCUGGCUCCCAGAGGUGCACCAAACCUAGCUGUGUUCCACCAUGUCAGAAUGGAGGGAUGUGUCUCCGGCCUCAACUCUGUGUGUGUAAACCAGGUACCAAAGGCAAAGCCUGUGAAACAAUAGCUGCCCAGGAUACCUCGUCACCAGUCUUUGGAGGGCAGAGUCCUGGGGCUGCCUCCUCCUGGGGCCCGCCUGAGCAAGCAGCAAAGCAUACUUCGUCUAAGAAGGCAGACACUCUACCAAGAGUCAGCCCUGUGGCCCAGAUGACUUUGACCCUCAAGCCGAAGCCUUCAGUGGGACUCCCCCAGCAGAUACAUUCUCAAGUGACUCCCCUUUCCUCCCAGAGCGUGAUGAUUCACCAUAGCCAGACCCAGGAAUAUGUGCUCAAGCCCAAGUACUUUCCAGCCCAGAAGGGGAUUUCGGGAGAGCAGUCCACUGAAGGUUCUUUCCCUUUAAGAUACGUGCAGGAUCAAGUUGCGGCACCUUUUCAGCUGAGUAACCACACUGGCCGCAUCAAGGUGGUCUUUACUCCGAGCAUCUGUAAAGUGACCUGCACCAAGGGCAGCUGUCAGAACAGCUGUGAGAAGGGGAACACCACCACUCUCAUUAGUGAGAAUGGUCAUGCUGCCGACACCCUGACGGCCACGAACUUCCGAGUGGUCAUUUGCCAUCUACCAUGUAUGAAUGGUGGCCAGUGCAGUUCAAGGGACAAAUGUCAGUGCCCUCCAAAUUUCACAGGAAAGCUUUGUCAGAUCCCAGUCCACGGUGCCAGCGUGCCUAAACUUUAUCAGCAUUCCCAGCAGCCAGGCAAGGCGUUGGGGACGCAUGUCAUCCAUUCUACGCAUACCUUGCCUCUGACUGUGACUAGUCAGCAAGGAGUCAAAGUGAAAUUUCCUCCUAACAUAGUCAAUAUCCAUGUGAAACAUCCGCCUGAGGCCUCCGUCCAGAUACAUCAGGUUUCAAGAAUCGAUGGCCCAACAGGCCAGAAGACAAAAGAAGCUCAACCAGGCCAAUCCCAAGUCUCUUACCAAGGGCUUCCUGUCCAGAAGACCCAGACCAUACAUUCCACAUACUCCCACCAGCAGGUCAUUCCUCACGUCUACCCUGUGGCUGCUAAGACACAGCUUGGCCGGUGCUUCCAGGAAACCAUUGGGUCACAGUGUGGCAAAGCGCUCCCUGGCCUUUCAAAGCAAGAGGACUGCUGUGGAACUGUGGGUACCUCCUGGGGCUUUAACAAAUGCCAGAAAUGCCCCAAGAAACCAUCUUAUCAUGGAUACAACCAAAUGAUGGAAUGCCUACCAGGUUAUAAGCGGGUUAACAACACGUUUUGCCAAGAUAUUAAUGAAUGUCAGCUACAAGGUGUAUGCCCUAAUGGUGAGUGUUUGAAUACCAUGGGCAGCUAUCGAUGUACCUGCAAAAUAGGAUUUGGGCCGGAUCCUACCUUUUCAAGUUGUGUUCCUGAUCCCCCUGUGAUCUCGGAAGAGAAAGGGCCCUGUUACCGACUUGUCAGUUCUGGAAGACAGUGUAUGCACCCUCUGUCUGUUCACCUCACCAAGCAGCUCUGCUGUUGUAGUGUGGGCAAGGCCUGGGGCCCACACUGUGAGAAAUGUCCCCUUCCAGGCACAGCUGCUUUUAAGGAAAUCUGUCCUGGUGGAAUGGGUUAUACGGUUUCUGGCGUUCAUAGACGCAGGCCAAUCCAUCACCAUGUAGGUAAAGGACCUGUAUUUGUCAAGCCAAAGAACACUCAACCUGUUGCUAAAAGUACUCAUCCUCCACCUCUCCCAGCCAAGGAAGAGCCAGUGGAGGCCCUGACCUUCUCCCGGGAACACGGGCCAGGAGUGGCGGAGCCAGAAGUGGCAACUGCACCCCCUGAAAAGGAAAUACCUUCAUUGGAUCAAGAGAAAACCAAACUUGAGCCUGGUCAACCCCAGCUGUCUCCAGGCAUUUCAACUAUUCAUCUGCAUCCACAGUUUCCAGGUAUAGUGAUUGAAAAAACAUCACCUCCUGUGCCUGUUGAAGUAGCUCCUGAAGCUUCUACGUCUAGUGCCAGCCAAGUGAUUGCGCCUACUCAAGUGACAGAAAUCAAUGAAUGUACUGUGAACCCUGAUAUCUGUGGAGCAGGACACUGCAUUAACCUGCCGGUGAGAUACACCUGUAUAUGCUACGAGGGCUACAAGUUCAGUGAACAACAGAGGAAAUGUGUGGAUAUUGAUGAGUGUACUCAGGUCCAACACCUCUGCUCCCAGGGACGCUGUGAAAACACUGAGGGAAGUUUCCUGUGCAUUUGCCCAGCAGGAUUUAUGGCCAGUGAGGAGGGGACUAACUGUAUAGAUGUUGACGAAUGCCUGAGGCCGGACGUCUGUGGGGAGGGGCACUGUGUCAAUACUGUGGGGGCCUUCCGGUGUGAAUACUGCGACAGCGGGUACCGCAUGACCCAGAGAGGCCGUUGUGAGGAUAUUGAUGAAUGUUUGAAUCCAAGUACUUGUCCAGAUGAGCAGUGUGUGAAUUCUCCUGGAUCUUACCAGUGUGUUCCCUGCACAGAAGGAUUCCGAGGCUGGAACGGACAGUGCCUUGAUGUGGACGAGUGCCUGGAACCAAACGUCUGCACAAAUGGUGAUUGUUCCAACCUUGAAGGCUCCUACAUGUGUUCAUGCCACAAAGGCUAUACCCGGACUCCGGACCACAAGCACUGUAAAGAUAUUGAUGAAUGUCAGCAAGGGAAUCUAUGCGUAAACGGGCAGUGCAAAAAUACCGAGGGCUCCUUCAGGUGCACCUGUGGGCAGGGGUACCAGCUGUCGGCAGCUAAAGACCAGUGUGAAGACAUUGAUGAAUGCCAGCACCAUCAUCUCUGUGCUCAUGGGCAGUGCAGGAACACUGAGGGCUCUUUUCAGUGUGUGUGUGACCAGGGUUACAGAGCGUCUGGGCUUGGAGACCACUGUGAAGAUAUCAACGAAUGCUUGGAGGACAAGAGUGUUUGCCAGAGAGGAGACUGCAUUAAUACCGCGGGGUCCUAUGAUUGUACUUGCCCAGAUGGAUUCCAGCUAGACGACAAUAAAACAUGUCAAGAUAUUAAUGAAUGUGAACAUCCAGGGCUCUGUGGUCCUCAAGGGGAGUGCCUAAACACAGAGGGUUCUUUCCACUGUGUCUGCCAACAGGGGUUCUCAAUCUCUGCAGAUGGCCGUACGUGUGAAGAUAUUGAUGAAUGUGUAAACAACACUGUUUGUGACAGUCACGGGUUUUGUGACAAUACAGCUGGCUCCUUCCGCUGCCUCUGUUAUCAGGGCUUUCAAGCCCCACAGGAUGGGCAAGGGUGUGUGGAUGUGAAUGAAUGUGAACUGCUCAGUGGGGUGUGUGGUGAAGCCUUCUGUGAAAACGUGGAAGGGUCCUUCCUGUGCGUGUGUGCUGAUGAAAAUCAAGAGUACAGCCCCAUGACUGGGCAGUGCCGCUCCCGGACCUCCACAGAUUUAGAUGUAGAACAACCCAAAGAAGAAAAGAAAGAAUGCUACUAUAAUCUCAAUGACGCCAGUCUCUGUGAUAAUGUGUUGUCCCCCAAUGUCACAAAACAAGAAUGCUGCUGUACAUCGGGUGCGGGAUGGGGAGAUAACUGUGAAAUCUUCCCCUGCCCGGUCUUGGGAACUGCUGAGUUCACUGAGAUGUGUCCCAAAGGGAAAGGUUUUGUGCCUGCUGGAGAAUCCUCCUCCGAAGCUGGUGGUGAGAACUAUAAAGAUGCAGAUGAAUGCCUACUUUUUGGACAAGAAAUCUGUAAAAAUGGUUUCUGUUUGAACACUCGGCCUGGGUAUGAAUGCUACUGUAAGCAAGGGACAUACUACGAUCCUGUGAAACUGCAGUGCUUUGAUAUGGAUGAAUGUCAAGACCCCAGUAGUUGUAUUGAUGGCCAGUGUGUUAAUACAGAGGGCUCUUACAACUGCUUCUGUACUCACCCCAUGGUCCUGGAUGCAUCAGAAAAAAGAUGUAUAAGACCGGCUGAGUCAAACGAACAAAUAGAAGAAACUGAUGUCUACCAAGAUUUGUGCUGGGAACAUCUGAGUGAUGAGUACGUGUGUAGCCGGCCUCUUGUGGGCAAGCAGACGACGUACACUGAGUGCUGCUGUCUCUAUGGAGAGGCCUGGGGCAUGCAGUGUGCCCUCUGCCCCAUGAAGGAUUCAGAUGACUAUGCUCAGCUGUGUAACAUCCCCGUGACGGGACGCCGGCAGCCAUAUGGACGGGACGCCUUGGUUGACUUCAGUGAACAGUAUGCUCCAGAAGCCGAUCCCUACUUCAUCCAAGACCGUUUUCUAAAUAGCUUUGAGGAGUUACAGGCUGAGGAAUGCGGCAUCCUCAAUGGAUGUGAAAAUGGUCGCUGUGUGAGGGUCCAGGAAGGUUACACCUGUGAUUGCUUUGAUGGGUAUCACUUGGAUACAGCCAAGAUGACCUGUGUCGAUGUAAAUGAAUGCGAUGAGUUGAACAAUCGGAUGUCUCUCUGCAAGAAUGCCAAGUGCAUUAACACCGAAGGUUCCUACAAGUGUUUGUGUCUGCCAGGCUAUGUACCUUCUGACAAGCCGAACUACUGCACUCCGUUGAAUACCGCCUUGAAUUUAGAGAAAGACAGUGACCUGGAGUGAAACGGAAUCUACAUAACCUAAGCCCAUAUACUCUGCACUGUGUAAAGGAAAAGGGAGAAAUGUAUUAUACUUGAGACAUUGCACCUAACCCGGAAGGCUGGAAAUACAGAAACAGCAUGGAGUUGCAAGUCCUCUGAAGACAAUGAGAGGACUUAGGAUGAGCCCAACAGGUGUGGCAGACCAAAUGGACAUUUCUCUGAAAAACCAGUAUAUAUAGUCUGUUCAUAUGUAAAAUUCAGUGGAAGAGAGGUGGAACAGUGCUGUUAUUUUAAACAGAAGGUUGUAUUAUUAUGUUGUUUUGUUUUUUUACUAUUGCUUGAUUAAAUUUGGCAUUUAAAUAGUGGUGGAAAUAUUUUAUAUAAUUUUCAUUUUUUGGUUGUGCAGUUCCUUGGCUACUGUUUUUCUUUUCCUUCAGUUUUUUUAAACUCUCAAAUGAAAAAGUCUUCGAUAAAAUAUUGUUAAGCUCUAUUAUAAAUAUUGUUACACAGGGUUAUGCAAUUCCUGGCCUGGAGCAUUUUUGAAAUUCAAAUUGUUUGUCCUGUGGAGCAGGCAGUGAUUUUGUUUCAAAACUUUUAUACACAUUUGGAGAAAAGUACUUUAUAUUUUCAGUGUUUUGUUUGAUGUUAAUGUCCAUUCUUAGCCAAGCUGCUAGCAGGUGUCAAUUGGAUCCCUUUCCUUCACUGAAAUGGAAGAGUUUAUAAGCUUACGUUAGUAUUGUAAUAUGUAAAGUAAGCCCAACAAAAAUUUUUUAAAAUUUGAUGAUCCCCAAUAUAUCUACCAUUGUAUGUUAAAGUGAAAUAAAUCACCAUUUUUGUAGAAAAAAAUUCUACCUGA